UUGGCUUGGAGCAUUCCGAAGUCAGGUGGGGCAACAUUUUACGGUUGCUUUACCGUUCUUACAGGCUUAGGUGCAUAGAAACCCAUCGCAACUUGUCACAGGUACUCACCCAAAGACUAGGGGGGUUUAGUUGGAGAUGUGCUACCCACUACUUCACCGUGCUGCCUGCAUGAAAAUCAAUUGCCGUAAGUAUGGCUGUUGAUGGAGGACGGGAAGACGUUCCUCUCACCUCUGCAACACCUCACUCGCGCUCACAGUGAAGGAGCAAGCACGUCGAGCCUCUCUCUCCGUGUCGCUGCCUAAUUCAAAGCAUCUUGUGUGGAUGAGCGUAGGAUGUGACUGCAGAAAAUAAAGGAAUCAUAACAGGAGGAUCAAAGAAGUGGCGAAAAUCUGUUCCUUCUGGACACGGAGGCUCUGGCAUAAAACAAAGGCAGUCAAAAGUCAAGACAGACUGAGCCCAGAACAGGGAAGGAAGGAUAAAAGGAGAAAGAAGAAUGCCCUGAACUCUGCAGCUCAUGAAGCGGCUCAUCUGCAGCGCGUGCGGCCGCUUGAUUUACACUCGGCUCGACCGUUCCGCUUCCAAAAGUAGUUCACCUCCACCUGCUUCCCGCAACUGUCUUAACAACAGAAGAUCAGGGCAUCAAUUUUGAAAACGGAAGCCAAGGCCCCUCAGACCUGUUGAAUUCUUCCUGCGUGAAUGCAGAAGGGUCGUCGAGAGUGUGAAGCAUCUUGAUGACCGAGACAACUGGGUCAGAGGACAAAGAGCGAUGAGCCUAGGACAAAGAUAGCAGCUGGUCUUUCGGAGUCACUGCAGUGACCUAAGACACCUUUGUGAAAGUAAGUAGAUGUGUUUGUGUGUGUGUGUGUGUGUGUGUGUGUGUGUGUGUGUGUGUGUGCAGGGUUUGCUUCUAAGGAAUCAGAGUCACAGACUGAGGACAUUUCCAUCUGGUUUGGGAGGCCUCAUAAAAGAUACCUGCAGGCAUCACAGUGAAAUCCAUCAAAUCGUCAAUGUUCAAGUUGGGACCACAUCACACUGAGGCUGGCUGAAACUAAUAGAUCAUAAGGAGGUUUCCGGAACUCCGCCUGUUUUGAGGAGGCAGUCCUGUCUCGUAUGAAAUGAAAAAUGAACGACUGGCCACUCGCUCUGCUGCGGAACCAGAGCCAUGAACAGCUUCCGUAACCAUGACGACCAGGGACGGAGGUGCGGGGUCGCGACAAGGCCACAGCUUCAACUUACGGAAGUGGAGUCCAGAGUGUGGGAGGGGGAAAAAAAUGCCUGCAAAGUGAGAGUUCUCAAGAGGCUCCUUUCAGACUUGGAGAAAAGAUGGAGGCCCUGGAAGUAUUUAACGCGCGCAGUUGGGACGCACAACGUCACUCGGUCAGCCAGGAGCGCGGCGGCCCUAUGCGACACCUGCUCAACAACAAAAUAGAAAUAGAAAUAGAAAUAGAAAUAGAAAUAGAAAUAGAAAUAGAAACAAUCCAAUCUUGAGCCAUGGAGGACGUUCUGUUCGAUUUGGACCAAGAUGGCGCGACAGACUUCGCCUUCUGGGGUCAGUUGGAGCAAAACCUGCAGCUCCAGACGCAGCUGGACACGUUCCUGCUGGACUGCGGCGGCGCGGCGUCGGCCGGCGGCCAGCUGUCGCCCUGGGCCUCGCUGGGCUGCCAGGCGGUGUUCCCCGAGGCCCAGCUCGCCUUCGCCGACUUGGAGGCGCAGUCCCCCGGGUACGAGGAGGAGGAGGAGGAGGAGGCGGGCCAGCGGCACCGCGCGCGCCGGUUGCAGGUGUCCCAUCAGCCGUACAAGGUGCAGAGGCACGCCGCCAACAUCCGCGAGCGGAAGCGGAUGUUGAGCAUCAACUCGGCCUUCGAGGAGCUGCGCUGUCACGUCCCGACCUUCCCGUACGAGAAGCGGCUGUCCAAGAUCGACACGCUGCGCCUGGCCAUCGCCUACAUCGCCCUCCUCAGGGAGAUCCUCGUGUCGGGCUGCGACCCCAAGUCCUACGUGGACGAGUGCAUGAAGAACGGCUACAAGAAUCAGACCAACGCCAUCUGGAACACUAGUGACCUGACAGCUCGUCUCUCGUGGAUAAAGUGGGAUUAGUUGAGGACCCUGGGGCACCCCCCGAAUGUUUGCUCUCUCCACGUCAAAGGCAGGCGGCCCGCCGACAUGAUCGACAUCUGCAGACUUCUCACUGGCUUCCACACACACACCUCAGGCUUUUAAUAUUCUAAUUUAUUGUUGACUGGUCAUUGAGAGCCUUUGCCAGCGAGGCCUUGGAGGGAUGGAAGGGCGUGGGCAUUGUUUGCCCAAAUGGAUGGCACUUGUCACAUCGCAGAAAGAGCGAGAGUGAGAGAGGAGGGACACUGGCAUGAGAGUGAACGACUUCCAGUGCUCUCGCAUCCAAUCACGAGUCUUCAUGUGAGAGAAGAGAGUCUUGAUCAUGUAAAUGAGACGAUAGCGAGACCCAGAUGACGCUAGUACGGCAGAUUGUGUAGACUUUUGUUUGUUUGUUGCAUUAUUUCUACAUUUAUUUAUCUAUUUAUUGAACUCUUAAUCAUUGCUAAUUUAUGUUUAAAAUAAUGCCCUGCACAUGUGAACAAUAUCCUACUACGAGGCAGUGCGAAGGCCCUCUUGGAGUUGCCGUUUACUGUUCUCCUGAAUCUUCUUUUUGGAGGCCGUCAGCAUGCCCAAAAAUUCUACAAUUUUUGAAAGCGUUUGUAUUUUAAGUGUUCCGAACACAAUGGCCCAAAACACACUCGGUAGCGCCCUCUGCAGAGUUAGAAAAUAAUCUGCACUGUCUCCAGGUGGACUGUUCCACACAGAAUUUGGUGGAAAUGUCCAUCAUAACAUAGCACGAAAAAGCCUCAAGGACUCUUCCCUGAAGUUUUCCAGGAAGUCAGCCAUUUUGGGCAAAUUCCAGGGAUUGUACUUUGAAGAACUCGAGCCCCAAUAGUAAGAAGGUACCUCAGACAGCUGGACAACACUAAAUAGCACAGCUUUUUGGUUUUGGUGUGUAAGAGCAUGGCACCAAUGUUUGCUCAUGUCAAGGAUUUGCAAUGUAAAUGAACAAAUCGACGUAUUGGGGGCUCUUCAAUUUUUGCAAGCGUGUGUAACCUGUCAAGCAUUUUAGGGGUACCGAACCAUCAUAUCAGGACUCAGGAUAAAGCCUCAAGGAAACAUGCUAGAAACUGAACAUGAAGUCUGAUAUUUUGGUUUGAAGCAGUCAUUUUGGGUGAACUCCAGGACUCGUACUUUGAAAAAAGCCGAAUAGGAUAUUCGAGUACACAAAACAGAAAUUGCAAAGCUUUUUUGCCUAAGCCCUCUUAUGUAGGCUUUAGCAUGACAUCAAUGUUCGGUGAUCAUUUUGAAAAUUUGCCAUGAAAAACUAAUACUUUGAAAGCAACUCAAGUUAUUUUGAAGGCAAACAAAUGGAAUAUCCUUCAAUGGCUGAGUCAGUGGCUCUGAUUUCAAGCCAAAAGAGCAUGCUUUUGACAAACGUGAAGCCAGCAUGAGAAACAAACAAGCAGCACCUGAAGAUUGCUGAAUUGAAGACCCAGCAAAGCCUCUGGAGGGAGGAAACUUGGAAGCACUCAUUGACUGAUUGUCAUAAGGAGCACUUUGGAAAUGUAUUUUCUUUGUGUGUGUGAAACCUCUUCAAUUAAAGCUGAAAGUCUACACAAA